AUGGCCAGUCCAUCAGUAGCCGAGCCCUUCCCAAUCUUUUUGGUCGGCGGCCGCUACACGCUCUACGACAUCAACACCGUCAGCCAUGCGCGCCGCGUCCACAACAUCAGCGGCGUCUUGAUCGGCGGUCUGCCCCAAGCACCUCAACAAAACGUCUUUUGUGGUAUUCCUCUAGAGCUCAUGCCCGAGGAAGCACGACUGUUGGUGGAAAAGGGCGUCGCGUACAUCAUCGACGACGCCGCUGCUCACAGACAAGCCUUCAUCGCAGGCGGCCUGAGCAAAGAGGAAAAAGAAAAAUUCCUGCGUGGUUUGAAAAAGCAAGGCAGUGAUGCAACGAGGAUGCAGACCAAAAGUGCCGAUGACAGAAAGAUUGCAGCUCUGAAAAAAGUGGCAGCAAAGAAUGCCGCUCUCGCUGCUAAACUUGAAAAAGAGCGCUCCGAGGCUGCUGCCGCCGCCGGCGACAAAGUCGUCGAAGAUGAUCAAGAGUCACUCUUCGGUAGUCCGGCGCCUAGUGCACCUUCCAUCGCUCCUUCAGAAGCAUCUGUCGCCUCAUCUUCGGCUUCAACCAUGAAGAUCACACCCACAACCUCUUCGCCUCCUCUCACUUCCUCUGCUCCCUCUUCAACCCUCCCUCUACCCUCCGUUCCCGUCUCAUACCCUCUGUUCAAACACCUCCACUCCAAAGGCUACUUCAUGGCCCCAGGCAUCAGGUUCGGCUGCAGGUACACAGCAUACCCUGGCGACCCCCUGCGCUUCCACAGUCACUUUUUGUGCGACGGCAUGGAUUGGGAUCAAGAGUUUGAUCUGUUGACGUUGGUGGGAGGUGGUCGUUUGGGCACGGGUGUCAAGAAGGGGUUUUUGAUUGGAGGUACCGAGGACAAAGAGCAUGUGGAUGGUGAGGAAGAUGUUAGGGCUUUCUGUGUUGAGUGGGCGGGUAUGUGA